AAUUUUAGGAUUUAAUUCCUUUUUUUUAUUUGAUUUUCAUUUGCUCCGAAAAUUUCAGACUAGGGUUAGAUAUCCAGGCCCCUUGGUUCUAUGUAAUGGAGAAUUGAAUUCAUUUCAUUCUCCUACAGUUCCUCAAUUACCAAACGAGAAUUGCUAAGAAAUUGAGCUGCUCUUAAUUUGUUCCUGUGGCUCUGUAAGAGCUUGCUUGUGCAGAAAAUUUGAAUUUGGGUUUCUUAGCCAAGAUAAACGAAAGAAGGAAGAAGAAAAGGUCAUUAUUUGGUUGAGAUUACGCGCGGAAUUGUAAUUGGGAAACUCAGGGGAAUUCUGUGUGAUUAGUUUGGGUUAGCAUUGUAGAUUCAUGUGGGAGUUGAAGCUUGAAUUUUGAAACUUCUGGUGUAUAGAUAGUAGUGCUUUUGGCUACGGGACUGUGACUGUAAUUCAGAGUCACAAAAAUGUACCGGACUGUGGCCACAGCCACCACUGCAACCCGGGGUGGAUCUCCAACUGAUAAUGGGGAUUGUGUUGUGAGUUUGGAUCAAGUUCCUCGAUGGAGCAAUGCAGAUCAUCGUUCUUCCUUGGAAUAUGACAAUGAAGAUCCUUCGUUUUCAAAUAAAUAUUUUCCUGACCCUUUAACUUCUCAAUCUGGAGGGGAGAGCAGUAGCAGUUGGAUAGUCUCAAGAUUUCCCGUUGACCAUGAAAUUAAUUCGAAGAUAUAUCUGUGGAGAGGGAACCCAUGGAAUCUGGAAGUUGAUGCUGUCGUGAAUUCUACAAAUGAGAACAUGGAUGAAGCACAUUGCAGCCCUGGUUUGCAUGCUGCAGCUGGACCUGGUCUUGCAGAAGAAUGUGCAGCACUGGGUGGAUGUAGAACAGGAAUGGCAAAGGUUACUAAAGCGUACGACCUCCCAGCUAGGAGAGUUAUCCAUACUGUUGGUCCUAAGUAUGCAGUGAAAUACCAUACUGCUGCAGAAAAUGCUCUGAGCCACUGCUAUCGUUCUUGCCUUGAACUUCUCAUUGAAAAUGGACUGCAAAGCAUUGCAAUGGGCUGUAUAUAUACAGAGGCUAAGAACUACCCUCGGGAGCCAGCUGCCCAUGUAGCAAUAAGGACUGUGCGGCGAUUUCUGGAGAAGCAGAAAGAUAAAAUCGCAGCUGUUGUUUUUUGCACCACCACAUCAACUGAUACAGAGAUAUACAAAAGAUUGCUUCCACUUUACUUUCCUCGAGACAAACUUGAAGAGGAGGUUGCCAUGUCGAAGCUUCCUGCAGAUGUAGGUGAUGAAAAUGGUGAGACAAUUAUAGAUGAGCGCAAAAUCAGAAUAAAGCCUUUGCCCAAGAAGAAUAUUCCAAAGCCUCCUAAGGCUCCAGUUGAUCUUCCUGUGAGUGAUGUCGGCUUGGUAAGAAGGAAUUCAUCAUAUUUGGAUUCAUUUCUGGAUCCUGCUUUCAUGUCCUUAAUAAAAGAUCCAGAUCAGAGACGCAAGGAGCAAUGGGAGAAAACUGCUCAAGCGCAAGGUGGAUGGAAUUGUGCUAAAAUGCUUGGGUUUGGUGACCUUGGUGGACCUCCAUUGUCUGCUGCAGAAGAAUACUCACUUCAUUCAAGAUACCUUGCUAAAGCAAAUUCUCUUCAUCUUUCUGAAAUUGCAGAAAUGAAAAUUGUUUACCGAGGUGGGGUUGACAGCGAGGGUCGUCCUGUAAUGGUAGUUGUGGGGGCACAUUUUCUUUUACGAUGUCUUGAUCUAGAACGAUUUAUACACUAUGUUGUUAAGGAGUUUGAACCUAUAAUACAGAAGCCUUAUACUAUUGUAUACUUCCAUUCUGCAGCAUCUUUACAGCUUCAGCCAGACUUGGGGUGGAUGAGAAGAGUACAACAAAUACUUGGUCGUAAACACCAACGUAAUCUGCAUGCAAUAUAUGUCCUUCACCCAACUUUUGGACUGAAGGCUGCAAUAUUUGCUCUGCAAUUGUUUGUGGACAAUUUGGUCUGGAAGAAAGUGGUAUAUGUAGAUAGAUUACUGCAGCUCUUCAGAUAUGUUCCUCGUGAGCAGUUGACCAUCCCUGACUUUGUGUUCCAGCACGAUUUAGAAGUCAAUGGUGGGAAGGGUCUUAUUGUGGACCCAAGAACAAAAUAUGUGUAUCAUCGACCAUAGCGUCACACAGAGAGUUCCAUCGGGCACACACUGAAGGAGAUCCAUGGCUUGUGAUUUCUUGAUUAUAUUUUCUUUUCUUAUAGCUUAUAGUUAGAUGGGAGUUGAUUUUGUCUCGUGUAGAAAAAAGUUCAAUUUUUUUUAAACAGUUUUUUUCUUCUGUUUCCUGAAGCAAUGAUCUGUUUGUAUCUAAAGAUGAAAAUUAAUAAAUAUUAAUAUUCUUUCUUGUAUUAUCUUGGACAAGUCAAGUCAUCAAUAAAAUGUAAGUUGGUUUGAGCUUUUUCUGAAAAA